CUGCUCUUUGGGAAGUCAUUUCUGAUGGCUAUGAGCAUUAGCACAUUGUUUUGCCUCGCUAUGCCGUCUCUCGUGCAAGCCUUGCCCUUAGCUACACCAGUCAGCACCCCUCCCGGAUGCUCUGGCUCAGUUGUCGAAGUUCAUGUCCUCUCCACAAUCGACGCUCGUCUGUUUGGGCUCCUGUCCUACAACACGUCAGGGCUUCAACCGCUGCAAUCGGUGCACGUACCUGUCCAGGAGGACCAUGAGCCAGACUCCGAGGCCCACUGUCCGUCGAGUCUGGAGCCGGUGCAACAGAUGUGGGGACCGAGUAGGGCAUCCACCUGCCCGUGGAUCUACCAGCACGACCACGACCCGAACCGGUAUCCGAGCGAGCUCGCCUGGGCCGUGUGUCAGUGCCAGGGUUGCCUAAGCCGUGAGGGUGGGGCCAAGAACGAGAUACCAGAUAUGGAAUGCCGACAGGUCAAGUACAGAAUGCCGAUACUGCGACGAAACGGUUGCUCGGGAGGCCUGGUGAAAUAUAACCUCGACUGGUUGGAAGUCCCCGUAGCCUGCGCUUGCAUGAGACCAGAGACUCCCACUGGUAAUAGGCCCCCUGGAAUUAUGGGAGGUUAACCAAGUCAUCGGCGAAGGAGUUCCUAAACGGUUUCCGUGUUGAUGAACAUGAUAUAAUUUCAACUGAUCAUUGAAUAAAUGGUACCUGUUUAUUACAACUGGCA